GCGCCAUCCGCGGCGCAGAAGAUACACAAGCAGCAAAGCGGACCCCAACAGCAAUCCAACGUGUGAGCGGUAGAGGCAAUAAAAUGCCACUGCAUUUCCGGCGCGUCGGGUUGCCUUGUCGGUGACUUGGUUUCUUAUUGUCCAAAACGCACGACACCGAGCCGGCCGACGAUCAGGAUGGUUCAGUUCACGAGCUCUUUCCUAGCUGUGGUGUUAUUGAGUCUUUCGACUUUCUCCGCCGCAGCACGGCACUCAACCGAAAAGACAUACAAACCCUCGUCCUGGGGCAUCUUUAGGGACUGUCAGGAAUACACUGGCAAUGACCUCGACCCAGCCCCGACCAUCACCGACGAGGAUGGCUUCCUCCGAUACCUCGUCAAGAGGGACAUUCCGCAGUCCAACUGCAAUUACCCGACAGCGGAGUACGAGAUCCGAAACGGUCGAAUGAUCUUUUUAGGGUACAGAUAUCCUAGCAGGGGCGCCAGAUGCAAGUUUCGGACGCUGCCGAAGUACCGGUACUGCCUCUGGUCCAGCUGGGUUGAUGACGAUAUGGUCACAACCGGCGGCCGUCGCUGUUCUCCUCAUGUCACGGUGCCGAAUCCCUAUUCCGUCUCGAUCUGCAACUGCUGGGUUGAAAUCGACCACCGCGGAGCUGGAACCCGCACAUGCGAUGCCAUCGCGGAAGAGGUCGGAGCGACCGCAGAGCAAAUCAAGGAAUGGAACCCGUGGGUUGGGGAAGAUUGCGACAGUGGACUGUAUGCCAACAUGGGCAGUUGGGACCCAAGGGCUGUUUGUGCAGGUGUCAAGGGAUUUAAACCGGCUCGACCGGUUGUAGGAGACGAUCUCUGAAUAGGUGAAGGCAAUGACGUACUCUCGCUGAACGAUUGCUACACCGGGGCCCCGGUCCCGUAUUGGUCGUACCAGCAGCUUCCCAAAGCCGUGCUGGAGAAGUCUGGAAUCGCGGGGUCGACGACCAAUCAGUUGUCUCGUCGGGCCAUGAUGACGCCGACGGCGGGUCGGAUCAAGUCCGCGCGUCACUGAUCAAUGCCU